GGUGUGUAACAUACUCAAAAUACUAUUACAGGGGUGGCUGACAACAAGAGACUCGCGAGCCGCCUAAUAUAUUAAUAAAUACGAAAGAGCCGAAAUUAAAAAAAAGGUCAUAUUAAUAUAUAUAUAUAUAUUUUAUAAAAAUGUUUUGAUAAGAUGCGAAUCGUAGUUUGGCCACCACAGUACUAUUAUAAGUAGUUUGUUUCUAAACAAUUUAUAUAUAUAAUAAUUACGUAUUUAUAUACUAUAUAUUACCUAAUCUAUAUAUUACUUUAUAGGUACCUAAGCACUUAUUUUUUCGUUAUUAAAAUAUUAUUGCUAAGUUUUUCAAUCACUUUGUACAUGUGCCUAUACACGUUAGUUGCCUAGUUGUUGUCAGACACGAGGUAUACUAUUUUACAUAGAGGCGUUUGUUGCCAUCAACAUAAUAUCAUAUACGUAUAUUCGACAAAGCUGUUACGAUGGUAACCACGCUCGUGACCAAAUAUACAUUUGGACAUUUGGUUAUUUUACGUAUCAAGUAUAAUUCGUCACUCUACAGUUGUUAUAUACCUAUGCAAUUUAAUUAGAUAUGAUAUGAGUUACAUAAAAUAUAAAUAUUUUUUUAUUUGAUUUGAGAAGAAUGUAUACCUACGCAAAUCAUACUAAAUAAUCAAAUAUAGGUAGUAGGUACGUAUAUCUUAUUUAUUUUACACUACUUAGUGAAAAACAUUGUAUGUCGCAAGACUUAAUUGUCGUAUUUGUAUUUUCUGAUUUUAUUUGCAUAACGUUAAUAAAUAUAUUUAUUUUAUUUUUAAUUAUAUAACCUGUACAUUAAUGGUACAAUAAGCAUGAGCUCUAAUAAAACGUUACAAAGACACAUUCAUUUGUUGAAGAAACCAUAUCCUGCAACAACACUUUGGUGCUAAUAAUAUUUGAAACAGAAAAUAUGUCAUCGAAGAAGAAAAUCAAUUCAUUGUCAAAGGUUAAUAACGAAAAUUCAAUGGAACAAGUCAUUUCAAUUGACUCAGAUCAUUUCAUUACCGAGCCAAUAGAAAUUCACAAGGAUGAUUUAAAAAUUGUGUUCAUACCUAAAACUUUACACGAACAUUUUGAAUGUGUCAUAGGAAAACACGUUUUUAUAGAUAAACCGUGGACAAAAAUAUUUCGUACAAAAAUUAUAGAUAAUAUGCAAUCACAAAAUGCGGACUCAUGUUUUUGGCAAUUUAAAAAGGAAAUUGAAGGCAUUACCAAUGAUUAUGUUUUAGUUGGGUACAAACCAUUUAGUAGUACCGAUGAGGAAUUUUUAAUAUGUACUACAGAUAAAGCAAAACAGUUUAUCGAAGAAACACAAAUACAAACACAAGGUGAAAUUAAAAAAAAAGUCGAGCGGCCAAUGUGUCGUGUGCCGGGUCCUUGGGAAUCCAAAAGCAGCGAAAAAGAUAUCGAAGAAAUUAAACCAGUACAAACACGUGAAAAGAUAGCAUACAAAUGGAAACUUCCGGCAGGGAGACUUCAAGCUGAAGCAGAAUUUGAGGACGCGCUUUCAAAAUCUAUAAAAAAUGAUUAUGUGAAAUUAGAACCACGUCCAAAAGAAAUUUUCAAAAGUAAUGAUGCUUUAACAAUGGAAUCGAGUGUUCAAGCUGUCCGACAAAUGGUCAAUAGGGAGAUGCAGACAAUUCCAAGAAUUAAAUAUAAUAAAUGUAUUCAGUCAGUUGCCGUGGAAGAAGACAUGUUUCAAUUACAACCCCAAAUUACAUCAGAAAAAGCUCUUGAUGAUUUUUUAAACAAACAUGUUCCUAAUUUAGUGAAUCAGUUACAUUACAAUGAGUUAUACGAUUUAUACCGUGAUGACUAUAAACUUUUAAAAAAUGAAAACGAAAAUGAAAUCGAACAGGUCUCCAAAGUUAUAAAACUUCUACCAGGAUAUCAAAAUGAAGUAUCUAAAAAAAGAUAUGUAUCUUGUCAAACUUGGCAUCCGACGAUAGCGGGUAUUUUUGCAGUAUCUUACACAAUCAAUAGUAAUGAGUUAUAUAAGACAGUGAGUUUAGAAACAUCCGAUGAUGAAAUUACCAAGUCAACGGCUAAAGACGAAAAAUACGGCGUAUCCUACAGCGAUGAUGAUAUCGACACAGACUCUUGGAGUAACCGACCAGAAACUAAACUUUUAGAUGAGAAUUAUAAAGAAAAGAUAAUUUCUUUGUUAAAUAAAGAAUUUGUGCAGAGGAUGAGGAUAAUUCAAUUAACAGAUGAUGAAAAAAAUAAUCAACAACAUAGCCAUGACAUUGAUAGACAGUUACGAAACUCUUUAAUUUAUGUUUCUCACGAACAGAUAUCCACGUACAAUGAUCUUCCACUUGUAAAUUCAGAUAAUGGAACUUUGAUUGACGAAAACAUAAUUAUUAAAGACGGCCAAAGUGAACUAACGGGUAUUGAACAUCAAAUUAUAGAUCAACAGUAUCAAUUAAAUUUGAAUAACUUUUCCACAGAUGAAAACGAAUAUGAGAUACAAAACAAUGAAAUGCAUGACACAAAAAAAUCGGCGAAUAUGAUGAGUAUUACAAAUAAGAAUGAAUAUGAUAACAAUAUGGACGUGAUAGAUCAUCACGAUUCUGACACAGAAAGCUUUUACAAUAUUUGGGGCGAUGAUGAAGAAUGGCUUUAUGAUAACAAAUUAAGGAAUGCUGUUAGAAAUAUACAUAGGGAAUUUAAUAAAAAAUAUGAUCGAGAAGCAAGAGAAGAAAAAUUGUUUAGACUUUUAAAGUCUGAAGCCAAGUAUACUGAAAAAAAAAAUAAACUCGAUGAUAUGGAAAAAGAGAGAAUAAAAUUAACCAAAGACAUGUUUGAAGCUGGAGAUAUGAGUCAAAAAUUAAAAUAUCAACUAGAAUUUAAAAGUAAAAAGAGAAGAAAAUCUUUAUCAAAACAUAAAUCAAUGAUAAAUGAUGAAGUACCAAAAAAUAAAAGUGAAAAUAUACCAAUAAUGGAUGAUCAAAAUAACUCUGUUUUCAUUUGGUCAGUUAAUGAUAAUAUUUUUCCAAAGUUGAGACUGGAAAGUGCGGAAGAAGUGCGUUGUAUUGAAUUUAAUCCUAGACACGGUAAUACUGUUGUAGGAGGGUUAAAAAAUGGGCAGAUUAGCAUAUGGGACAUUGAAGGAAAGUUGGAGACGACAGGUUUAAAUGAUUUAAACAUGUCAGAAAAGGAAAAAAAACAUCACAAACAUCUAUGGGAACACAUGAAAUGGUCGUUGGACGUUGAGUUUGAAACUAGAAUCAAACCAGCAGCACUUAGUGCAAUUUUAGAAUCUCAUUUGUCAACAGUGACUGCAAUUCAAUGGAUUCAUCCCACAAAUGAAAUAACACCAUUAGGAGCAUUUAUUAACGUUCAAGAAGGCCAAUUUUCAGAUCAAUUUUUUUCUGCUUCCAUGGAUGGGACUAUAAAACUUUGGGACUUGAAAUCGACACCAAUGCCCAGAAUCAUUAAAAAAAGUACAACUAACACUAGUUUCAAUCAACCAGAAAAGCUAAACAACUAUAAAUCACCAUUGAGUAUUUACAACAACUGUCUAAAGCCUUCGUAUACGAUCAUUAUCAGAGAGCCAGAAAAGACAACACACAGCCCCAUAACAGCGUUGUCUUUUGAAAUACCUUUGAUGCAUUAUAAGUAUACAUCUGAUAAACCACUAAGUAUCGGAAAACGACUGUUUGAAUAUGUGCCAACAAAAUCGAAUGAUCCAAACCGUAUAUUGGUUGUUGGUAGUAUUAUGGGUCAAAUUGGAGUUGUUACUUGGAAUGGUUAUGAUACACACCAGCAGGGUCGAAAUAGCGAAGAGUGCAAAAAUAUUUGGUGGGGACAAGUGCACGAUGGACCAAUCAACUACAUUAAGCGAAAUGUAUUUUAUCCAGAUAUUCAUUUAGUCUGUGGUGGACACGUAGUAUCUAUUUGGAGUUUGAGUUAUAAAGGUGGUCCAGUUUGGUGGAAGCGUUUCAACGAUUUAACAAAUAGCGUUUUAUGGUCUACUACUCAUCCCGCAGAAUUUCGAGUGUCUUUUAACACCAAUGGGAUUUUACAAUUUUGGAAUUUCAUGAAACACACUCAUAAGCCUUAUUAUACAACGGAUAUUUUCAUCAGCGAUGGACUAAUAGCAACGUUAUCAGCUCCAUAUUCACCAAUACAUUUCAUUGAUACCGAAUGGUUAACAUUCACUGAAGGUUUACAUGAAGUAUUGAAUUAUAAAAAAAACGAAUUGAUCAGCUUUUCGGAUUCCACUGGGACAAUAAUGAUGAUCACCACAGAUGCAGUGGUAAUGGAGCCUAAUACAAUCGAAGAGGUUGGACGAGUAUUCCAGAAGGAGGUGAUUUGGAGAAAAGAGUUGGAUGCAUGGAACAGUAAGUAUAAAGAAGAAUUCAGAUCGAUAGCAGAAAACGACGAAGAUGGUCGAGAUUACAAAGCAAUUAAGUCAUAUAAACCAAACUCGGUUCAUAGCGACAACAUCCAACCAACGUUGUCACAAGAACAAAUAAAGAGAAAUAUUAUUGAUGAAACUUUAAAUUGGUGUUUUAACCAAAAAGGGCCACAAACACGUUUGGGUAAAAUGAGAGAUAAAUAUUUACAACGCGAAAAGCGACACAUGAUUGAGGCUAUGAUGAAAAAAAAAAAUAUUGAUCAAAAACAAUUAGAAGAAUAUUUUAAAGGAAUCGAGGAAAACAAGUAUGACAAAGAUGAUAUUACAAACAUGAAGUUCGAAGCUAAUGAAUCUUAUAGAGACAUAGUCAACAAAAUAUUAUCUGCAGAACAAACAAAAGAACAUAUAUUAGAUGUCGAUUCAAAAAGAGGUGAGUCGGUUGAUAUGAAGAAAACAGUUGAAAAAAUUCAACAACUGUUGGUGACUGACAUUGCAAUUGAAAAAGAAAAGUUGAGUAAUUACAUAAAAAACAGUCCAUUUAAAGCUGAUCAAGAAGAUUGGGCUGAAGUAAUUGAAUUCGCAGAAAAGAACGUUAGAAAUAGAUUAAAUGACCCAACUCUUUUAAAAAGUCCAGCAUUACGUUUGAUGCGCCGGGAAUGGGCAAAAAAAUACAUUAAUGAAGGUUAUAAGAUUAAAGAAUGGAAGACUCGGAAAGAUGAACAUGCGUGCGAUCGAUAUAAUAUAAGAAAUAAAAAUAUAGAUGUAUUAAAAACUAUGUAUGGAAAAAGUUACAACCCAUAUUGGGAUAAGGACUUGCGACCACAGAAAAUGAGAGAUGCCAUUCGAAUGCGAUUAACCGAGGCAGCGGAUAACGACGAUGAAAGAUUACAUGAAAGUUAUUUUGAUGAAAAACGCGGUGGAGACAAUAGCUGUUAUACCAAUUAUUUAUCAUUAAUGGGGCCAAGGCCCAUUUCCGGUUUUCCUGAAGAUUAUUCGGGAAUUUCCAAAAAAGAACUAUCGAUACACGAUGAUGACGAAAGCGAAACACGCGCUACUGAAUUUGAUGGUUUCAAUAGAAAUAAUGAUCGAGCAAAAAUUAAAGAUCCGUAUAAAAGCAAACGGCUGUACAAUGAAUGCGACGAGUAUCAAGAUUUAGAAACAGUUGAUGAACAAGAUCAUGAAGAUUAAAAAUAAUUAUCAACUACCUUGAACGCAUUUAAUGAAAAUUGAAAAGGACAACUUAAAUAAUACUAUAUCGAAUAAUUUUAUAUCAUAAACAUUAUGUAGCUAUAUUCGUAUAUUUAAAAAAAAAAUGAUAUAAUUUACUAUUUUGGUUUGCGAAAAAUACUUUUUGAGUAAGUAUUUAAAUAAUUUAUAAUAUUGUUUACUUUCAUCAUAACUUGCAUUGCUUACUUUUAUACACUCUUACAGUAACAGUAUAAUAUAGUAUGCUAAUUU